AUGGGUUCAUGCAACUGGUUUAACAAAAUAUUCUGUCUAAAGAAAGUGAAAGAAGACAGAACCAAGCAAGUGAAGGUACAUUCUGCUACCAAAAAAUCAAAUGGUUCAAAGGGGAAGCAUGUUGCUGGCGAUGAAUCGAGUGGUCUUGCCAAUGGUGCCUCCAGUCAAACCGCUGGUCUGCAUAGUAUGUCGACUGAGGAUAUUGCUGCCAUAAGGAUUCAAACUGAAUUUCGGGCAUACAUGGCAAGCAAAGCUCUAAAUCGACUGAAGGGGACUGUGAGGUCUCAGGCCUUGAUUGAAGCUCGUGCUUUUAAAAACCAACCAUCAGACACUCUCAACCAUAUUCAUUUUUGGAGCAAAAUACAAGCGGAGAUUAAAACUCGCCGUCUCUGUAUGGUCGCAGAAGGCCGGGCAAGGCAAAAGAAACUAGAAAAUCAGCUAAAGCUUGAGGCUAAGCUUCAUGAACUGCAGGUGGAGUGGUGUGGUGGCUCUGAAACCAUGGAAGAAAUUCUCUCCAGGAUACAACAGAGGGAAGAGGCAUCUAUUAAGCGGGAGCGAGCCAUGGCUUAUGCCUUUUCACAUCAGUGGAGAGCCAACUCCAGUCCCUAUUUUGGCCAAGCUUAUUAUGAUCUUGGCAAAGAAAGCUGGGGUUGGAGCUGGAUGGAGCGCUGGAUAGCUGUUCGACCAUGGGAGACUCGGGUUAAUGCCCAGCAGCCCAUUGUCCCAAAGAAAGUUCAUGCCAGGCAAGGAAGCAAGGAUGGUAGCAUUGUAAAGCAGGCAGCAAUGAAACUUGUAGUCUCAACUAAACCCCCUUUGUCCAAUGGCAAGGUGACUACAGAAGCACAAAAAUAAUCGACUUCUGAAGCAAUAAGCUAGUCUCAGUUCAAACUGAAGAAGAAAAGAUGAAGCAAGAACAGGGUAUGCCUUCAAGAUAUCUGAUGAUUAUUUAAGUUUUCUAGUUCCAUCCAUAUUGGAUUAUACUGAAGAAAAAU